CCGGGGAGGUGGCGCGGAACCCGAGUUGGGCGGGGCCGGAACGCAGCGACGCUGGAGACGCCCGGUCCCGUGAUCUUUUACCCGUCCGCAGCCAACAUGCAGUCCCCGGCGGUGCUUGUCACCUCCAGGCAAGUUCAGAAUGUCCACACAGGCCUUGACUUGACCGUGCCACAGCACCAGGAAGUGCGGGGCAAGAUGAUGUCCGGCCACGUGGAAUACCAGAUCCUAGUGGUGACCCGGUUGGCUGUGUUCAAGUCUGCCAAGCACCGGCCCGAAGAUGUUGUCCAGUUCUUGGUCUCCAAAAAAUACAGCGAGAUCGAGGAGUUUUACCAGAAACUGAGCAAUCAUUACCCGGCAGCCAGCUUGCCCCCGCUGCCUAGGAAGGUCCUGUUUGUCGGGGAGUCUGACAUUCGGGAAAGGAGAGCCAUGUUUGAUGAAAUUCUGCGCUGUGUCUCCAAGGAUGCCCAGUUGGCGGGCAGCCCAGAGCUGCUAGAAUUCCUAGGAACCAGGGCUGCAGGGGCUGCAGGCCUUGCCACUAGAGAUCCCUCUGUCCUGGGUGACACAGCCAGCCAGCCAGGGGACAGCGAUGAGGCUUUUGAUUUCUUUGAGCAGCAGGAUGAUGUGCAGCCGCCCACACUAAACCUGAGCAACAAGGAUGUGGAGAAGUCCUUGGAGGAAGAGGAGGAGGAAGAGGCACUCGACCCCCUGGGCAUCAUACGCUCCAAGAAGCCCAAGAAACGCCCAGAAGUGGCCAUAAGGCCCAAACCUUCACCUCGGCUCACCAUCUUUGAUGAGGAGGUGGACCCAGACGCAGGGCUCUUUAGCCCAGGCAAUAAGGCAUCUCCCCAGAGACCUCUGGAGACCACACAGGACUCCCUGAAGCUGUUUGACGACCCUGACCUUGGCGGUGCUGUCUCCCUGGGUGACCCUCUACUGCUGCCAACUACCAGCGAGAGUGGAGGACCCACAUGGAAAGACAGCACCAAGGAGCUGUUCAGAGUUGAAGAGGACCUGGACCAGAUUCUGAACCUAGGAUCUGAACCUAAACCCAAGCCCCAGACUAAGCCCAAGCCUCUAGUCCCAGCAAAGCCAGCACUGCCCAGAAAACCAACUGUGCCCGCCUCUGUGGGCCCAUCAGAAACUGGGCCUGGACCACAGAAGCAGCAACAGAUCCAAGCUAUGGAUGAAAUGGACAUCUUGCAGUAUAUCCAAGACCAUGACACACUUACCCAAACCUCCCCCAGUCUCUUUUGACUUACCCUUUCCAACCUAUACUGUGCCUGCAGCUGCAUACCCUCCCGGGGAAGAGGCUGUAUGUGAAUGUGUGGGUUCUACCUGCAAGACAAGGACCACCAAUGGAAGUGGAAGCCUGGACCCUGUGUCCUAAUACCACACUGUUCCUUUUCCUCCUGGGCUAUGGGAUGGACAAGGACUCUGCAGAAGGAGAAUGGGGAGCAUCAUAGGAAUCAAACUGCUUCAUCCCAGCCCAGCUGAUUGUAAAGAGGAGAAAUGGUGUGAGCUUGCCUUGCUCAACAAGGGCCUGACCUCUAAGGUGGAAUGAGAUCAAAGGACAAUGUCCACCAGGGAAGGGACACCUACAUACAUGUAUCCACUGUCUCUGCCAGCUCAGUACAGGAAGGAAGGCUUACUGAACCUAGGUUGGGCUAAAGGGAGUACCUGUGCCAGGCCACUCUGGAAUCUCUACUUGGCUGCUGAGGCCCCAAGGCGUGAUCAGAGCAGUAAGCCCAGUUGUCCAGACUGCCCUGACCCAAGUCCCUUCGGCAUCUCUUUGUUCUUUCAAUUCUAAGAGUAAAACCUAGGCCCUACCUUGCCUCCCUAGGGCAUGAAGGGCUCAAGGACCCCAGGUCUUCCAUUCCAUUUCCCAGGAAGGGCCUGGCUAGCCCAUGGCCUCUUUAAUGCACCUGUUAACCAAGUGGGUCAUAACAUCUCCCAGAGCUAGACCCACGGGGUGUGAGGCGCUGACACUUCUCCUCUAAGGCCUCUCUGCCCUCAGGAUCUGAACGUGUUAGCUUUUCUCCAGUGAAGCCACCAGCUAAGGAGAAGGAGCUGUGCACCAGGCAACCCUGUGCCUGCCAGGAAAUGGUGUCUCCUGGAGCAAAUAAUGUUGAUGUAUAUUCUUUAAUAGAACUAGGUUUUUUCUGGUUGGUUUUUUUUUUUUGUUUUUUUAUGAAACACAUUUUUUU